AUGGCGUCCCCGAGUACAGACGAGGCCAUCGCGGCAGGCGAGUCGCAGAAGCCUCAAGCGUCAAAAAACAGCGACCUGCUUGACCUCUAUGAACGGCGGGGCGCCAGGACUCUGGCAAUGUUGGACGCAUCUCGCGGCGAGAAGAAGCACGAUGUCGAUGGCCUUUCCGACAAGGACCUUGAGCGAGUUACCAUCUCCCUCAAGGACAAAGAGGGCGACACUGACUUACAGGAAAAGAAGCCGGUUGGGGAGACAUCCCGCAACUUCAGGCACUACACGUUUGUGAAGCGAUGGGAGCCGCUGAGCUCGUCGGACGCGACCUUGGACGUGGAGUGGUUCAUGGCGUCGCCCGAGGUCCUGCCCGAGAAUGACCCGGCGUAUCUCUGCGACAUGUGUCGGCACAUCGACUUCAAGUUGCUGCUGUCCCAGCGCGGGCUCCCCUCGGGCCCCGAGCGGAUCACCGUCCACGGCUUGUGGAGAGUGAUGCAAGAAGAAGGGAACAGCUGCGCCUUUUGCAGGAUGCUGCGGCAGAAGAUCACCGACGACGAUCUCGUCUCCGACAUGACAGCGGACGAGGUCUCCGACGGAGGCUUCUACCUCGACGUGAUGGACGAGGGUCCCGAACGGGCGCUGAGACUGGAGGUGGAACUCGGGGACCGGUCGGGGCAGAGGCCGGGGAGGUUUCUGGUGCACAGGAUUGAGGAAGGGUCGCGGCAGCCUCUAGCUGGCCGAUUCGUGCGGCAAGAUGGCGCUGGCAUGAGCUGCUUGAGGAACUGGCUUGGUCUCUGCGAGGACACGCAUCAGGUCUCCAAUCAGGGAGCCGAUCCCGACCUUACUUCGCUGCGAGUCAUCGAUACCGAGGAGCUUCGGGUCAAGGAGGUGGAGAUGCCCUUCCGCUAUACCUGCCUCUCUUACAGAGGCAUUAGAAGCAGCGAUCCCUCGCUGGGACGGUUCGCGAGCCGAGGCAUCGCCAUGGAUCACGGGUUCGGGGAUACAACCAUGGUGUCUGGCGACGUGGACUUGGAGAACUUCCGACCCGACAUGCUAAAGGCGUCCGUCUUCAAGGUCACGGUGGACGCGGCCCGGGAUUUCAUGGGCUCCCUCGGCGAGGCCCAGGGGUCGUCGACGCCUUGGGAUCUGUACCGCCUCGCCGUGGACGAUUACACAAAACGGAAGCUGAGCUGGGAGUCGGACGCCGUCGACGCCUUUGGCGGCGUGGAGCAUAUCGUCAGGCAGGGCACGAACACAAAAUUCUGGUACGGACUGCCCUCCUUCGCGUUCGAACAACCGCUCAUGUGGAAUCCCGGCGAGGUCCUCGAAAGGCGUUCUCUGAACGGCAAACCCCUUUCCCCAAGCUGGUCAUGGGCUGCCUGGCGGGGCCAUGUGUCCUAUCGCGGAAGAGGGUGGAAGAACUCGAUAUGCUGGGAGCCUUUGCCCGUGAUACGCAGGAUGGUCAGGGUCGAGCCCAAAUGGUUCAUCGACAACUUCAAGGAGGCGGGGGAGAGGACAGAAGACGAGGUCGAGGAAUACUCGAAGAGGGUGGCCCAGGCUAAAGUGCUGUUGCGGGAGCUCGAUCCAUUUUCGCUUUACCAUAUGGACGAUACGGAGGAUGACGGCUGGGCUGUGGAACAUGACGAGGAGCGUAACCGGCAUGUCUAUCCCCACCCCGCUUACCAGAACGCAAGGUUCACGUACCCGGUCAGUCUGCCGGGCCAGACUGUCGAUGACCGCCCGGACGGGGCCGGCAUGCUGCAUUUCAUGGCUCACGCCGUACCAGUCGUUGCCUGCGACAUGGGACAAGAACCCUUCAAGAUGGCAAUCGAGGACCGUCACCUUCAGAUCGGCUACAACGACGAGGACCGCUCGGCAAACUACCGCCCGCCCUGGCAGCGGAUCGUCUACCACCACCAGGGCUACCGCGCCGGUACCACCUGGCCGCCAUCACGCGCGGCAGCCUCCCGCACGCGCCGCCGCCGCCCCCGCCCGGCUGGGACGCCUACUGGGGCGCGCGUCCCCAACGAGACGGCGGAGCCGCGGACGGCGCCGCCGAGCAACGAGAACGGGGACCCGCACUGGGGCCAGGGACAGUUCAACGGCGUGGGCGUCAUCGACGUGUACAAUGUGCUGCUUCUGAGGAAGCGGGACGGGGUUUCCGAGAGGAUCGGGGGAGGCAAGGUCAAUUACUGUGCUUUUUGGGCGGCUCGUCCGCAGGAGAUGGUCGUGACACUUGCUUAG